AUGAGUCGAUGGGAUCGACGCAAUGACGAAGGCCAAUACAAUCAGCGGCAGCGAAAUGAAGUAAAGCACGCUUCCAACCGACCACGGUUGAGUCGGAGCAGAUCCCGUUCCGCCUCUUCCGACACGCGAUCUCAUUCCCGUUCCCGAUCCCGUUUACCGGCCACGGAUAAUCCGCGGCAUCGCGCAGCACCCCACAUGGACGACCAAAGGAACCGUCAUCGGCGGCACCAGCAGGAAGAGGACGAGCGGCGACGAAGGCAGGAGGCGCUGGAUAGUCGAGGUCGCGCCGGUCCAAACGGCACACGGGGACCCGGUCCCGGUGGCACGCCGGGAAUGGUCGGAAAGCGUACGAGCGGCAGCGACCACAGAGCAUCGACCGGCAUGCCGGACGGAUCGAAGCCCAAGCCGCCGGUUGCCGGCAUACAGAUGAAGCUGGCGGCACCGGCUAGCAAGGAACCGCCCCGACUGAUGAAGCCGGUCGCGAACGCGUUCCGGCUCGCGGAUGACAGCGACGACAGUGAGCCGGAAGAAAUGCCCGCCGAGUGCCGGAUGCGGAUGCGCAACAUUGGGCGCGAUACGCCCACCUCAUCCGGGCCGAACUCGUUCGGUAAGACGAAGCACGGGUUCUGUGAUUCGAAGAAGAUGUUCGAAAAGAAGAUUGGUAGUAGCCUCGGUGACCGUUAG